AUGGCAGAGCUGGCAUUGUCGAUGGGAGGGUUGGAAAACUUAACUGACCUUGACCUUUCACACAACAAGGACUUGAGUGGCAACGCGAAAACUUGGGCUUCUUGUUUGAAGACCCUGACUCAUCUUAGGAGCCUAGAAAUGCAGGACUGUGGUACAGAAAGCCGCGAUGUCAAGUAUCUAGCUAAAGCAAUUAGUGAAAUGGGUAAUCUGAUGGACUGUAAUUUUAGUGGUAGCCAAGUGGAGCUCGAUGUUAGUUCGUCGGACAGUCUCAUACGUCUUACAAUAAGGAGCGGUUCAUUUAGAACAGGCGACAUUGGUGAGGAUAUGGCAGACAUUUUGCAGUCGUUGUGUAAUCGGGUGGAUUUAGUCAGUUUGAUCCUUGAGAACAUUUAUGGUCUGAGUGAUUCUGUGACCUUAUGGACCCCAGUCUUGAGUAAACUGACACACCUUGAGGAGCUGGAGCUCUAUGGCUGCUCACUGCAAAGCACAGACAUUGAACACCUUGCGGUAGCAUUGAGUCAAAUGCCAGCUUUGAGAGAGCUCUCUCUAAAAGACAAUUGGUCUCUAGGGGGCUCUGCAGAAUCAUGGGCACCCAGUUUGGAAAAGUUAAGAUAUGUUCGUCAUCUAAACCUAGAUAACUGCGCCCUGACAGAAGAGGACAUGAGACACAUUCAUGAGGUACGAGAAAGAUGUAGUCCUUGGAAACUGAGCUGUGGAUUGUAUGGAUUGAUUGAACGGUCUAUGACUCACGAUUGGUUAUAA